AUGCCUCCCGAGGCAACCCAGUCGAUAAAGAAGCGUCUGCCUGCCUGCGACUCAUGCAAGCUCAGGAGGAUACGGUGCUUUCCUGUCGCGCCUCCGGACGCCUGUUCGUGUUGCAAGACCAAGGGUAUCGCAUGCACGACUACUCCGGUCAUAAGGAAGAAGCCAACGCAUAGGACGGGGAAACGGAUUGAGAUUGCUAGAGCAGUCACUGAGAGCUAUUGCAGACAGAAAUUUGGUACCGUGAACUACGCGUCGAGAUCCGCCCCGGGCGAGCUCGCAUCUCGUUCAGAGUCCUCGCACAAAGACUCUGCUUCCCCUAGCUCCACCGUCGGGAAUUCCGUGCCAGACUCUGCGUCCACAUUAUCUUCCGUACCUCCUACAUUUGUUCCUUCCCAUGACAUUUAUGUAUCCUCUACUUCGCCUCAAAGCCCUGCAACUCGAUACCCUGUCGUCAUCUCUAUCCCAAGCUCCGAUGAAACUGAAGCCUCCACAGCGGGAGGCAGCAGGAGCUCCGCGAGUCCUAAUGGCACCCUAUCUCGCUACCGCGACUAUGCUAAUUGUCCCUUGCCAUACCUCAGUGCUGAAUCAGAUCUCAUUAACAUCGAGUUUUCUGGCACGCUCUUGGCUGAUUUGCUCUAUUCUGGGCGCCGUCUUGGGGCCAUUCCACCCGUCUCGCAGGCGCUCGUGCUCACCGUGGCAGCCAUGACUGCCCGACUAUCAUCGAAUCCCGUUCUUUUUGGUGGAGGACGGGCGCCUCCAACACUUUCCACCAUCUACUUCAAUCCGAACCUUGUAGCAGCUGAAGCUCCGUCAGCAUGGGGGCGCAGGCGGGAGGAGGCUUGUGAGAAGUUCAGAAAUAUGGCAAUCGAGAAAGCAUGGUCACUGAGAAUAAUGAAGGAGAGCAGCCCACAGUCAUUGGCUAUAUGUUUCAUAUUGCAAUUUUUGGCGGACAACCUUGAUAGCGCGUCAGACCGGCGGACGUGGGGUGCCGCGUUCGUCCAGCAGCUACGAGUAAUGUUUGAGAAAAAAGCAUAUAAUUGGUCGAAUGCGUCUCCCGAUGUCCCAGUAGAGCUUGCCAUCAGCAAAACCGUAUCUUCGCCACGCAGCGCAAUCCCAAUAUCCUCUUCUUCCACCCAUGGAGAGCCAGACACACCGCAACGCGCCAAGUCUAUGAACCAGCUCCACCUUGCCAAGACGUUUGCGCCUCCAGAACUGUAUCCUAACAUUGGCAUGAGGGAAGAUCCGUUAGGCGUGGCUUUUGUGCGGGAGCCUAACAUUCGAGAAAUGGGCUUGCGCUGGUGCCUUCACAUAAUGAGAGAGUCGGUCAUCGCCGCCACUAGGAACGAGAUAUGCAUCUUUACCAUGCACGAUGAGGCGAUGCUUGCUGGUCCCCCACCACCAUCGCCUGAGGAGGCUAUUGUUGGUGCAGGCGCAGACCUACCAUGGUGGGACUUUGGCAGUUUUCUGCUGCUAGUACGACCAUUUACUUAUCGAGCUACUCAGCUGGCUCUUGACAGUACACAAUGGCAGAUGCAUCGCUUCAACGGUCUUCCGUUCUCCACUUCCCGCUUGGACCAGCACCUAUCUAAUCUAACCCCUCUUCACGCUUUGCUCUCUGUUGCUCAAGCGCGGUACUCGAUCAUGUUUGACCACGAAGCGUUGGCGCUCAGGUAUCAAGCUCUUCAUCAGAAUACGCCCGAUAUGUCCAAUGAUGAACGAAAUGUGCGAUUUUGGUCAAUAAACCGUAACAUUCUCUUCGCGGGUCGCCUCUUCUUGACUGCAAUGAAGAGUGCUCUUGGCUCGUUGAAUAUCCCCAUAUACCUUGAUCUCCAGGCCCGCAUUGAACACCUCGGGGUUGAGUCUCAGGAGGAUUCAGGUACAUAUCCUGCUGCUCGGAAGCAGGUUGGGGACGAUAUACACCAAUUGAAGGCUCUGCUUGGCAGGCUGAGGAUGGCUUUGUUACCGUAUGCUAGAGGAGUCGUGCAUGAUAUCCAGUGGGGGUCAAACCUUGGAUGGAUCACGCAUUUAGGUAACGAGCCCAUGAGAGCCUGGGCCAGCAUCAUACUGGACUCGACGCCUAUCGAGGAUGGUGGUGAAGGUGUCACCCGAGCGCAAAGGGUAGCGAGUUUGGAGACGUUGCUGAAUAUCUUCAAAAUUCUCACAUGGUCUUGGCCACGUGUUUUCGAUGACCCCUUGGUACAACGCACUCAGCAAGUCGUCGAAGAAGGGAUUCGAAGGGGCGUCUAUGGUUCUGGUUCCAUGCACGACCAUAUCCCUCGUACCUCGUAUGGCUUAUACCCUUCUAACUUCAAAGACAAGCACGGUCCAUCAACUUCCGAAGCCGGACAUGGGGAGGACUCAGGCAUUUGGCCCUCUUACCUCGGCUCGGAUGAAGCGAGGCGGGCGAUGGCACCGAUGGCUGCUGCCGGCCUCAAGACAGUGCACCACGCAGACGCGAUCCCUCCGAUGCCCUGGCCGAAAGUGCACAACAUCUCACCUGAGCUCGAUGUGCCGGAUAUACAGCAGAUGAUGCGGAGCCUAAGCUUGCACGACACGCCAGCUUCACAGGGGAGACCGGCGCCGUUUGAGUCAUCUCCGCUGACCGCUGCCUCGUCGCUAUCAGUGCCCUUGAGCAACGUCGCCUUCGACCCCAUCGGUCUAGAUAUCACUAAUGCUAUGUUUGAAGGCACCCUCGGCCAUGGGCAAGCUUCUCUACAAGGGCAGGCUCAGGCUCUGGUGCAGAUGCAGAUGCCUGACCUUUGCGAAUUCAAUAUGGCGGCCUUUGGGGAAUCUGAGGGGCCACAGGAGAUGUCUAUCCCUCACCCUUCGUUCGGAGAGCAUACCCCGUCGUACUCUACGGACCAAGGAUUUGACAUGCAAGACUUUGUGUACCCACAACCGCCGGCUGACUGGACUGCUACGAUAAACAAAUUACCUCGGUUCUAA